UCCUCUUCACUUGACAAUAUCAACCAACAAACAAAAUGAAGGCCACCACCAUCUGCACCAUCCUCCUGGCUACCGGCACUGCUCUAGCUGUGCCUACCAAGCGAGCCGAGAAAGCUGUCACCAUCAGCGGUCUUUAUGCCUCUCAGACCGACAAGUCGGGAUUCGUCAGCUUCAUCCUCGACGACCCCAACUACGACGAGGAGACCGGCGCUAACGUGAGCUGGGAUCGUCCCGGAACCCCCCUGACAGACUCUCGCACCAGUGACGGUGCCUACUUCAUCCAUUUCCCGGGCGGCGUGAAUGAUAUCUCAGUCUUCACCAUGCAGCUGGAGCGGGUUAAGGGCCCCGAGAGUUUCUCGGUCAGCAUCAAUGACAAUGGAAAUGGCAGCGCCCCAGGCACCAAGUGGAAAUGUGUCACGGCGGUUGGGUCCGUGGUGUCGAAGAAAUGUCACUAUGAUGGCAACGUCACCGUGGUCCCUUCUGCUUAG